AUGGCGUGGCAAGCAUCUAGCGCAUGGAAGAAGUCCUUGCCCAAGGCAAGCAGCGAUGACUCAAGCUUCCCUGGCCUCAAGCCUACGACCCCGGACGCAACGACAAAAAUUGAAUAUGAAGAAUUGCAGCAAAAUGAGCUGCUGGCUCUUGAAGCCAUAUAUGGAGAUGAUUUCGUGAAACACAGCGAUGUGCACAGCGCAUGGAAGCUUCAGAAGACAGAGCCAUCAUUCGAAAUUCGAAUCAAAGCAUCCAUCGAUAGCGACUUUGCCGUAACUGUUGGGUUUGUCAUGACGGCAACGUACCCCAAAACCCCACCGCUUCUGACUGUCAAAGGCCUCGAUGACCUACGCGAAUCUACACAGUUCAAGAUCCAGAAGUUCAUAGACACCGAACCUCGGGAAUUUGCCAAAGAUCAACAGGAAAUGGUCGACAGGAUUGUUGAGGGCAUUCGUGACAUCCUUGAAGAUGCCGCUCAAGUCAAAGCAUCCGGCAAACAGCUGCCUUCCCUCGAAGAGGAGCGAGAACGACACGAGGCCAAACUAGCAGAAAAGGCGCAGCGCCAGAAAGAAGAUGAGGAACGGAAAAAGAUGGAAGAAACCAAGGAGGAGGAGCGCGUCAUGUCGGAAAUGCUCCAGCAACAGAUUGACAGACAAAGACAAAAGGCAAAGGAAUCGAGGCUCAGUCGACGGCCUAAUGGACUAGAGGGCUUACCCAGCGACAACUCUGCUGCCUCUAUUGAGCGGAUCGAUUUCGAUCAGUUUUGUCAUGUGAAGAAUAAAGAGGGUAAUAUCCUCAGUUUCAAAUCGGUGACGGGUAAAUGCGAUCCGCGCGAGGGCAAGGUCACUGUUGUAUACACUGUCCGACCGGUUCUGGGCAAUGGCCAAGGCGACCAAACAUUAGCACUAAAGGAAGCCAUCCUGCGACCCAACGGGAGGGACCCCAAGGAGUUCAAGAAGCAGCUGCAGUCCGUCGAGUCUAGACUUCAGGAGUUGAAGAAUACCAAAUCAAUUCAUCACAACCGUUUAGUCGAAAUUUUGGAUUUCAAGGUCGAAAGCGGGAAGUCGGAUGAUGCGGCAGUGGCGAAUUUCUGGACUGUCAGAAUAUUGAUGCCAAUGGCGGUUAAAGGUUCGCUCGAGGAGCUUCUGGAUCUGGCGGGUCAUCUCGAACUCGGCAAAGUUCGGUCUUGGACUAGGGACUUGUUAGAUGCCUUGAGCUUUUUGCAUUCCAAGAAUAUUGCGCAUCAAGACAUUCAUGCAAAUAAUGUACUUUUGUUUCGAGAGUCGACGGGCGAGUUUGUCCCUAAGUUGUCGGAUUGCUGGUAUCAGCGCGAAAUUCAUAAUGCUAGUACCCCAAAGCCAGGACUUCCAGGACUGACUUCUGCAAAGUCAGCAUAUUGGCUACCACCCGAGAUUGCCGGGCAAUCCAAGCCACAGUAUUCAUACAAGACGGAUGUGUGGGAGUUUGGUAUUGUAUUUACACAAAUGAUAUUUGGUCUCGAUGUCCUGCAGAAGUAUUCGUCACCGCGAAACCUGAUGCAGGAGCUGACACUCUCGCAACCGCUUGAAGAACUAGUCAGUCGAUUCUUCAAGGAAGACAAGCAAAAGCGACCUAGGCCAUUUGAACUUGGCUCAAGCGAAUUUCUGGCUACAGACGCACCAGUCUUCUUAGAGUCUGAUUCCCCCAGGGCACUGUCGGCGACGCCGUCUCUGACAUCACUUCAUGUUGUUCCUGCGAGGCUUAGGCGAGACUCCAUGAGUCGUGGGGCAGUGGUUUCUAGAUACACUGAGGACUUUGUGGAAGAGGGUCGCCUAGGCAAAGGUGGUUUUGGAGAGGUUGUAAAAGCUCGGAAGAAACUUGAUGGGCAAAUCUAUGCUAUCAAAAAGGUCACUCAGCGAUCUCACGCCAGUUUGACUGAGAUUUUGAAGGAGGUGCGGUUGCUAUCACAACUCAGCCAUCCAGCUGUGGUCCGCUAUUACAAUACCUGGGUUGAAGAAGUCCCCGACGCUACUGAUACUGAGGGCGACACGUCUACUGAAGGCUGUACCGAGGAGACGGAAGAAACGGUCUCUGAUGGCAUUGACAUCCAGUUUGCGACUAGCACUGGUGGCCUUGACUUCAUGUCAUCAAAUGCUGCCAUCGAGUUUGGAUAUGAUGACGACAGUGAUGAUAAUGCCAUCGAGGACGACUCUGAUGACGAUAGCUCCAUCAUCGCAGACCAGGCUGGGAAUGGUGUCUUGUCACCUGGGAAAGAACGCGCAGGAGAGAUACUGAGGCGUGCAAGGCAACACCGUGCAUUCCGAACAAUUCUUUAUAUUUCCAUGGAAUAUUGUGAAAAGCGAACACUUCGGGACUUGAUUUCACGCAACCUGUACAAGAAUACAUCUGAGAUUUGGAGGCUGUUUCGGCAGAUUUUGGAAGGGAUAUCACACAUUCAUGCCCUUGGUAUCGUGCAUCGGGACUUGAAGCCUGAAAAUGUUUUCAUCAGCAGCAGUCUUGAAGGAGUCGAUAAUGUCAAAAUUGGCGAUUUUGGUCUAGCCACCAGCGGACAAUUUUCGGUCGAUAAAGUCGCUGCCAAUAGUCUUGAAAACGACAGCAUGACUCGAAGUAUUGGCACUGCUUACUACUCGGCUCCAGAAGUUCGAUCAGCUGGCAAUGGGCUUUACAGCGCCAAAGUCGAUAUGUACUCGUUGGGUAUCAUGUUUUUCGAAAUGUGCUAUCAUCCUAUGGUUGGUAUGGAAAAGGCAGAUGUUAUUGGAAAACUACGCCGACCCAAGCCGGAGCUGCCUUCUGAUUUCAAGCCAGCUGAGCGGAAUCAGACAGACAUUGUCUUGUCUCUGGUCAAUCACAAUCCCAAGGAGAGACCGUCCAGUGCUGAUUUGUUGAAGAGCGGCAAGCUCCCCGUGCAGAUGGAGAGUGAAACUAUUCGACGAACCCUUGCAGGUCUAGGCGAUCCUAGCUCGCCGUAUUAUAGCAAGAUGCUGUCGACGCUGUUUGCACGACCUCAUGAUGCGGCCAAAGACUAUGCUUGGGACAUGCUUGGUACUCAGCCUAGCGCUAGCGAACUUUUGAAUCAGGGCGUGGUCCGGAGCACCCUGAUCUCCAUCUUUCGACGGCAUGGAGCAUUAGAAAUGCCUCGAACCUCCAUCUAUCCUCGCUCGAGUCAGUAUGGUGAAAAUGUCGUUCAGGUCUUGGACCCCAAUGGGACUGUUUUGCAGCUGCCUUUUGAUUUGACCAUGGGCAAUGCCAGAAUGAUUGCAAAACAGACUGGCGGCCCCAUAUUGCAGCGAUCAUUCUAUUUUAAUAACGUGUAUCGUGAUAAGCUAGAUACCGGCCAGCCAUCCGUGUUUGGAGAGGUUGACUUUGACAUCGUCACAACCGACACACUUGACCUCGCUCUUAAGGAGGCAGAAGUGCUGAAGGUGCUGGACGAAAUCGUUCAAGCGUUUCCGUCAUUAUCAAAUGCUCAGAUGUGCUUUCAAGUGGGACACUCGGAUCUCCUCCAACUCAUCUUUGAUCACUGUGGAGUUGAGUCUUCGUGUAGACGACAGGCUGCUGAAGCCCUGAGCAAACUGCAUGUCCAUGGACAUACCUGGCAGAAGGUUAGGGCGGAGUUGCGAUCUACAACUGUAGGCGUGUCGGCCACAAGCGUGGACGAGCUCCAGCGAUUCGAUUUUCGAGACACCCCCAACAAGGCAAUUUCAAAGCUCAAGGUGCUGUUUGAGGGCAGUGAUUUAUACCAAAGGGCGAUGCCAACCAUGGCCCACCUCAAAGAGGUCGCAGAGUACUGCAAACGAUUUGGCGUGAUCAGCAAGUUUUACGUUAGUCCCCUCAACAGUUUGAGAGAAAACUUUUUCAUGGGUGGAAUUAUGUUUUCCUGCGUCUAUGAUAGAAAGACAAGGGACGUGUUUGCUGCAGGUGGCCGAUACGAUCACCUCAUCAAAGAGCAACGCCCGAAAAUUGGCGGCAACUUUGAAGAGAGGCAUGCCGUUGGGUUUAGUCUCGCCUGGGAACGUCUGGCUCGUGUUCCCAACAAGAGUGGAAGCAAAACGUUUCUCAAGAAGCAGGAGUCGGAUUCCAAUACGAUGUUUUCUGGAAGAAGAUGCGAUGUGCUUGUUGCUUCACUUGACGCAGCUAUCCUUCGGUCCACCGGUAUCGAAGUUCUCCAGCUGCUUUGGGACCAUGACAUCAGUGCAGAAAUGGCCAAGGAUGCGCGUUCUCCCGAGGACUUGUUGUCUAAGCACAGGAACGAGAAUUACUCAUGGAUCAUUGUGAUUAAGCCAGAAGCGAUGCUCAAGAUCAAAACCAUGGGUCGAAAAGACGUGCAAGACGUGGAUAUUCCGCUUGGCCAGCUAAUGGCCUGGCUUCGACCUGAACUCAAGGAGCGCGAUUCCCGGGCUCUCGCAAAACUCAGAGGCAAUGUGUCACACGGCAGUGAAUCUAGUGGGACUCAUAAUAGCGAUCGAAAUCAAGAUCAGGACGUAAAGGUUCUCGUUGCUGGUACCAAGAGCAAGAAGUUCAAUCGCAGGACCGUGGUGGACCAGGCCCAGGUCAGCGCUAGUAACUUGAUGCGAAGCUACCUGGAUGGACCGAUCUUGGCUAUCGAGACUACGGACCAGGUCAUGGAUCUUCUCCGAGAAACAAGACUUUCCGAGCACGAGAGCUGGAAGAGUGUGGAACAUGCAGUGACCAUGACGGAGAAGAAGUAUAUCCGGGAACUCCACGCACAGCUCGACACUUGGCGGUCGACGUAUGAGAUGAAGAACAUCUCUAAGCAUGCAUUCAUAUACAACUUUCGCACUGGUACCUGUGUGUACUAUGAUUUGAGUGCAUAA